GGUCCAACUCUCCAGACAAAAAAUACUGUACUAUCCAUUGGAGGCCUGGCUUGCAUUGCACUGCCUUGAAUCAAACCUGCCUUGAAUUGCCUUUGAUCAAACCUCCACUAUUAUACUCCUUCUACAGUUGGACAGUUCUACAUGUACUCGUCCAUUGGAGGCCUGGCUUGCAUUGCACCUGUGCUAUUCUCUCUCUCUCUCUCUACAUUUCAUAUUCUCUCUCUCUCUCUCUAGAACUCCCCGAGGGUUCGUGAGAGAAAUGGCGGGGUUCUUCGUCGCCGCCGUCGCAAUAUCAUUGCUCGUAACUUGCAGCCUAACGCAGGUCAGAUCGGACGGGUCGGAUCACAGGUACAACUUCGGCGACCCGGUCCCUCUCUACGCCAACAAAGUCGGCCCUUUUCAAAACCCUAGUGAAACAUACCGCUAUUUUGAUCUUCCUUUCUGUGUUCCAGAUCAUGUCAAAGAGAAAAAGGAAGCUCUCGGUGAAGUAUUGAAUGGAGACCGGUUAGUCAGUGCCCCAUAUAAAAUUGAUUUUUUAGUUGACAAAGACUCUGAGAUUGUUUGUACAAAGAAGCUGUCGAAGGAUGAAGUUGUGAAGUUCCGAAGUGCUGUCACAAGAGACUACUACUUCCAAAUGUACUAUGAUGAUUUGCCCCUUUGGGGUUUCUUAGGAAAGGUUGACAAGGAAGGCAAAGCUGACCCUAGGGAUUACAAAUAUUACCUAUUUAGGCGUCUUUAUUUUGAGAUUUUUUACAAUAAGGAUCGCGUUAUUGAGAUUAAUGCGCGGACUGACCCUAGUUCCCUUAUCGACGUCACCGAGGAUAAGGAAAUUGAUGCGGAUUUCAUGUACACCGUCAAGUGGAAAGCAACAGAAACUACUUUUGAAAAGCGGAUGGAGAAGUACUCACAGUCUUCUUCGCUACCGCAUCACUUGGAAAUCCAUUGGUUUUCAAUAAUCAAUUCAUGCGUGACAGUUCUCCUCUUGACUGGUUUUCUUGCCACGAUUCUCAUGCGAGUCCUAAAGAAUGAUUUUGUCAAGUACGCUAACGAUGAGGAGGCGGCUGAUGAACAAGAAGAAACUGGGUGGAAGUACAUCCAUGGUGAUGUUUUUAGGUUCCCAAAGUACAAGUCACUGCUUGCUGCAGCUCUCGGUUCUGGCACCCAGCUAUUCACCCUUACAACUUUUAUCUUCAUACUAGCAUUGGUCGGUGUUUUUUAUCCAUACAACCGGGGAGCUCUGUUCACUGCACUGGUUGUCAUAUAUGCCCUAACAUCAGGGAUUGCAGGCUAUACAGCGACUACUUUCUAUUGCCAGCUGGAAGGAAUAAAUUGGGUGAGAAAUCUGUUGUUGACUGGAUGCCUGUUCUGUGGGCCUCUGCUUCUCACGUUCUGCUUCCUCAACACCGUUGCAAUUUUUUACAGUGCCACAGCUGCACUGCCAGUAGGUACAAUUGCUGUGAUACUCCUUAUAUGGACUCUAGUCACAUCACCUUUGCUAGUUUUGGGUGGUAUAGCUGGAAAGAAUAGCAAGGCCGAAUUUCAGGCUCCUGUACGGACUACAAAGUAUCCGAGAGAGAUCCCCCCAUCGCCAUGGUAUCGUGGAACUCUUCCUCAGAUGGCAAUGGCUGGGUUUCUGCCUUUUAGUGCAAUCUAUAUUGAACUCUACUAUAUAUUCGCCAGUGUUUGGGGUCACAGGAUCUACACCAUAUACAGCAUCUUAUUUGUAGUCUUCAUCAUUCUCGUAAUUGUGACUGCAUUUAUUACGGUGGCUUUGACAUAUUUUCAACUCGCUUCUGAAGAUCACGAGUGGUGGUGGAGGUCUUUCCUUUGUGGUGGAUCAACUGGUAUAUUCAUAUAUGCCUACUGCUUGUACUACUACCACGCAAGAUCAGAUAUGUCUGGUUUCAUGCAAACCUCGUUCUUCUUCGGCUACAUGGCUUGCAUAUGCUAUGGUUUCUUUCUCAUGCUCGGAACAAUAGGAUUCCGUGCAUCUCUGUUCUUUGUCCGCCAUAUCUACCGUUCAAUCAAAUGCGAGUAGAAUAUUGGAUGGUUAGCCUUCUACGUCCAGUGGCUUGCUCUAUACGAAAUGUGCAGCCGCAUCAUUGAUCAUAAAGGAUCAUGUGGGAAAGCAGGAUUUCUAAGGAAGGAGGAAGCUUGUACUGAAUACGACUGUGUUUCAUGAAAACUGGAAACGACUCCGUUUUUUGACAUCAUCUUCGCAUUACUCCAUUUUAUACUGGUAUCCUAGUUUUUAGUCAUUUUUUGUAACUUAUUUUUGUUCCAUUUAGAAAACGCAAAUGUUGCAGUGUUUAAAAUAAAGAGUUUUUUUUUUUCAUUUCAUGUACUAUUUUCCCAUUGUAACAGCAGACGCGGCUUUGAAGUUCCAAAUCGAUUUCUUUUCAUUACAAA